CGGGCGACACAGGCUGAGUUGGCCACAGCGUCCUCCGGCAGUGCGCGCCGCUGUCCUCGGGGACCUGCGCGGGGUGGGGGCGGGGAAGGCGGCGGGAGAGCGCGGCGGGCGGGAAGGGGCGGAGAGCGCGCUCCUGCGGAGGCGGCUGUGCUCAUCCCGGCGGCCAAGCGCUCCAGUGCUCGCCGGGCUUCGCAGAUGGCUUGCCCCGCUCUCGGUCUGGAAGCCCUUCAGCCCCUGCAGCCCGAACCACCUCCGGAGCCUGCCUUUACUGAGGCACAAAAGUGGAUCGAGCAAGUCACUGGCAGAAGUUUUGGUGAUAAAGACUUCCGGACAGGCCUAGAAAAUGGGAUCCUUCUUUGUGAGUUGCUGAAUGCUAUAAAGCCAGGACUUGUAAAAAAGAUCAAUAGAUUGCCAACCCCCAUUGCAGGAUUGGACAACACCAUCUUAUUCUUGAGAGGCUGUAAAGAGCUUGGCCUUAAAGAAUCUCAACUCUUUGACCCAAGUGACCUCCAGGAUACGUCCAGCAGGGUCACUGUCAAGAACCUUGAUUAUAGCCGGAAGCUGAAAAACGUGUUAGUGACCAUUUAUUGGCUGGGGAAAGCUGCAAACAGCUGUGCGUCCUACAGUGGAAGCACGCUGAACCUGAAGGAGUUUGAAGGACUGUGGACUCAGAUGCGAAAGGAGACUGAUGACAUUGAGAGCCCUAAACGCAGUAUCCGAGACAGCGGCUACAUUGACUGCUGGGAUUCGGAGCGCAGCGAUUCCCUCUCUCCUCCUCGCCACGGCCGAGAUGACUCCUUCGACAGCCUGGAUUCUUUUGGCUCCCGCUCCCGGCAGACACCUUCACCAGAUGUAGUUCUCAGGGGAAGCAGUGAUGGAAGAGGAAGCGACUCGGAAUCCGACUUGCCACACCGGAAGUUGCCGGAUGUGAAGAAAGAUGAUAUGUCUGCACGGCGGACUUCCCAUGGUGAGCCGAAGUCUGCAGUGCCUUUUAACCAGUACCUCCCGAACAAAAGCAACCAGACGGCCUACGUCCCCACGCCUCUGAGGAAGAAGAAGGCUGAGCGGGAGGAAUACAGGAAAAGCUGGAGCACGGCCACCUCCCCCCUGGGCGGGGAAAGGCCCUUCAGUUAUCCUGAAACGAUAGAGGAGGAGGGGAGUGAAACAGGGUCCCCUGGUGAAGACAACCCCAGCAGCCCUCACCCUGGGUUAGAACCUCCGCCCUGCACUGGUCAUGGGGAUGAGGCUGCCGUGCCGGCUGCCAUUCCUGAAGACAGAGACGCUGUGGAGAGCCAAAAGCGCAGAAGACUAGAGCAAGCUGGGAUCAAGGUCAUGCCUGCCGCCCAGCGCUUUGCCAGUCAAAAGCAAUUGAGUGAUGAGAAAGAAGCUACUCGGGAUAUCAUCCUUCGGAAGGAAAACCCUUUCCUGACCCAACACAGCAAAGACUCAGAGUCAGAAGACGAAGCUGCCUGUCGACUGCCUGACCUUGAGAAAGAUGACUUUGCUGCAAGGAGGGCAAGGAUGAACCAAAGCAAGCCGGUAGUGCCACUUAACCAGCUCCUGUAUGGACCUUACCAGAAAAAAGAUGUAGAGAAGAUGGGUGGCAGCAAACAGCUCUCAUGGGGACCGUCAGACAAGAAAAAUGUAGAAUAUAAAAGAGACCAGGACCAAGCAGAAGAGGUAAACACAAUGGUGACCUGUGUCACGAGAAUUCAGGAGAGUGAUUCAGUGGAAACGAAUCUCAGGAAGGCACCAGAUCUUCAGAAGGACGACCUGGCCCAGAGAAGAAUCCAGGGCAGACAUACCCCUCACCGUGAGGCUCCAAGCUUCAUCAAACUCUCCAGUAUUACAGAAGCUGACCUGGAGACGUGGGAGAGAUUGAAAGUAUCAGGAAAGAUGAGGGAUGGAGAUGCUCAGAACGCCUGUGUCCCUGAGCCCUCACCAGAAAUCAGCGCAGAGACUGCCAUCCGAGAUGACUUUGCUAGCCGUAAAGCAAGAGCCUAUAAGAAAGAAGCCAGCCCCAGGCAAAAGUUUGUGCACUUUGGGCCGGUGACAGAGAUAGACCAACAAACAUGGAAGAGACUCAGCAUUGGCAAGACGGGACCUAGGGACGAUGCAAAGGUUGUCAGUCACAGCAGCCAAAGCCAGACUCCCUCUGUGUCACCUCCCUCUACUGCUCCUUUUGACUUAAAGGAAGACCAAAUGCUUAGUCCACAGAAUGACUGCAGGAUAGUGCAUUAUGGCACAGAGGACUGCCUCAGAAAGGUCCCAUGGCUGGCGCCCGUGCUGGAGUCUCAGGAAGAGCAGGUCUGCAUUCACAGCAACAAUCCAGAGACAGAGGAAGUUACACCCACACAGCUGCCACAGGAUAGCAGAGAACAAAAUGAAGAAGUUAUUUCUAAAGAGCCUGAGAUGCUGCCAGGAGUGGAAAGACCAGAGGGAUGCGGUGGACCCCUAUACGGUUCGAGAACUCCUGUGUCAGAUGGCGCAGAGAGCACGAGUAUGUUUGACAUGCGGUGUGAGGAGGAGGCAGCGGUGCUGCCGCACAGCAGGGCCCGCCAGGAGCAGCUGCAGCUGAUAAAUAACCAGUUGAGGGAAGAGGACGACAAAUGGCAAGAUGACCUGGCUCGUUGGAAGAGCCGUAGAAGAAGUGCUUCUCAGGACUUAAUCAAGAAAGAGGAAGAAAGGAAAAAGAUGGAGAAGCUGAUGUCUGGAGAAGACGGAACAAGUGAACGAAGGAAAAGCAUCAAAACUUACAGAGAGAUUGUUCAAGAAAAAGAGCGGAGAGAGAGGGAGCUGCACGAGGCAUAUAAGAAUGCACGGUCGCAGGAAGAGGCAGAGGGGAUCCUCCAACAGUACAUUGAGAGGUUCACCAUCAGUGAGGCCGUGCUCGAACGCUUGGAGAUGCCAAAAAUUCUGGAAAGAAGCCAUUCAACAGAGCCAAACUUAUCCUCCUUCCCGAAUGACCCCAGCCCCAUGAGAUACUUACGGCAGCAGUCACUGCCGCCACCCAAGUUCACUGCCACAGUUGAAACCACCAUUGCUCGCACCAGUGUUCCAGGGACCAGCACGGCAGGCGGCAGUGAGUCUCCAAGCAAACUCAUCACUCCCAAUGCAGUGCCUAUGCUGACACCCAAGCCUUACUCCCAGCCCAAAAGUUCUCAAGAGGUUCUGAAGACUUUUAAGGUGGAUGGGAAAAUCAGCAUGAAUGGAGAAAUGGCCCAUGGAGAUGAGGGAGAAAAGGAAAAGGAAGGGCCCACGGUGGCCCCUGGCCCUUCCUUAGCCACGUCCCAGAUGUUUGAAGGUGCAGUCACAGUACAUGGCUCUCCUGUGCAAGUGAAGCGAGGCAGCAGCGGCAUUGAGAUCAACAUCCAGAAGCCAAACUCUGCUGCCCAGGAACUGACAGCAGCCUCUGAUGAAACUGAGUCAAAUGGCCAAGAGGAUGACAACAGUGACGGGAAGUCAGGGACACAGGACGUGGAGUUGGCCUCGGCAGAGCCACAGCAUUUUACAACAACUGUGACUCGAUGCAGCCCGACCGUGGCCUUGAUGGAGUUUUCCUCCAGCCCACAGCUGAAGGAUGAGGUGCCAGAAGAGCGAGACCAGAAGAAGCCCGAAAAUGAGAUGAGCGGGAAGGUAGAGUUAGUGCUGUCCCAGAAGGUGGUAAAACCAAAAUCCCCAGAACCAGAAGCAACCUUGACGUUUCCAUUUCUGGACAAAAUGCCUGAAACCAACCAACUGCAUUUGCCAAACCUCAACUCACAAGCGGAUUCUUCAAGCAGUGAGAAGUCCCCUGUCACUACACCUUUUAAGUUCUGGGCAUGGGACCCGGAAGAGGAACGCAGGCGACAGGAGAAAUGGCAGCAGGAGCAAGAGCGUCUGCUCCAGGAGAGGUACCAGAAGGCACAAGAUAAGUUGAAGGAAGAGUGGGAAAAGGCGCAGAAGGAGGUAGAAGAAGAAGAACGCAGGUACUACGAGGAGGAGCGUAAGAUAAUUGAAGACACUGUGGUCCCAUUCACCCUUUCCUCGAGUUCUGCAGAUCAGCUGUCCUCUUCCUCGUCUAUAACUGAAGGCAGUGGGACCACGAAUAAGAUGGACUUGGAAAACUGUCAAGACAAGGAAAAAGAGGGAAGACAGAAGAUACCUUUCCAGGAGAGCGACAGUGACUCAUUGCUCAAGGCCAGAGAAAGUGGUCCACCAGAAGAGGAUAGCAUUAACAGCCUAAGUCAAGGGCCCUCGACUCACUCUGAAGACUCCAUGUCAAAAGGAAUCCAUCCUGACCAGCAUCCAGAGGCAGAGUGUGGGGCCCCGUGCUGUGAUUCAAGCCCACAGCUAACUCAGGAGCCACCUCAGAACCAACAGGUGUCAAACCCAUCGGCAUACACAUCGGAAGAUGUGAAGCCCAAAACCCUGCCCCUGGAUAAAAACGUUAAUCAUCAGAUGGAGUCUCCAGGUGAAAGGCGAAAGAAGAGCCCUCAAGAGAACUUCUGGGCUGGGCCCCUGUCCCCCUGUUCUCCUACCCCUCCUGGCCAGUCACCAAACAGGUAUAAGAGGUCUAUUAGCGGGAAGAAGCUGUGCUCCUCCUGCGGGCUUGCUUUGGGUAAAGGAGCUGCAAUGAUCAUCGAGACCCUAAAUCUCUACUUUCACAUCCAGUGUUUCAGGUGUGGCAUUUGUAAAGGACAGCUUGGAGACACAGUGAGUGGCACGGACGUUAGGAUUCGCAACGGUCUGCUAAACUGUACUGACUGCUACAUGCGAUCCAGAAGUGCUGGCCAACCUACAACACUGUGAUGUGGUUGGGAGUUUCUGGACCACUGAGCAUUUCUUUAUGAAGGGUGUCCCUUGGCAAUUGCUUAAUUAAACCCCAAGUUCAGGGGCUUCCCAGCAUUCAUCUAGUUUCUGGAAGACUCUUCUACAAGGUGGUAUCUGCUCUUUUGUAUUGUAGCACAAUGUUUGUGCUUUUUCUGGUUGGGGGCUGAUUUUUUUCUGCAUUUGCACAGUAUAUACAAAAGAAUAUUGCAUUGUAAUGAUCCUGAACAGUUAACAACAACAACAAAAAAACAGUUUUAGCAUGGGCAGAGGGGCUUAUGUUUGAAAAGGUGUUAUUCAAAUUCUUUGGGAAAUAGCAAAAGGGUGCAAUAAGCCUGUUGUGUUUUAGUAUUUCUAGAAAUUAAACAUGUUAUGUUUACAGAAUUGAGCUGCAGGAAGUGUAAGACAAGCCAACUUAAGACAGGAGCAUAAGCUGAAUGCAUUUCAAAAAAGCUAGACACCCCAGAGAGCCCUGCCUCUGAGCUCUAACUUGUUGUUUAAAUGCAAAGAUGCUAGUCUGAUAAUACAUACUGUACUCCUGCAACAUUUGUGUUACUUACCUUUGGGGAGGCAGAUCCUACCAAUAAAUUAUCACACUAUUAGUAUUAGAUUUUGUGUACCCUGGAAGUCAUGACAUUAAUAUAGGCUGGGCCAUCAAAUGAAGAGAGCCCUUGCGAUAUCGCUAGACUUCCAGUCUGUGACAUUGUGCAAGGGUAGGAAGAAGCAGGAAGGAAACAGACUAGCCAUUGUCUUCAGACUUACUAUAAAAUCUGUGGGAAAGUGUCGUCUACCCGGAUGGUGUGCCUUGAAGCUUGGGCCACCAGUUUCCCCAAGCGCUGCGUUGAGGGGCUUGAUGUGAGGAUGUAGGCAUUAGACGUCAUGGGCAGUCUGUUUUGAGGGAUGAGCACAUCUCAUCUUGGCCUGCAAGUUUCCCUUGGGAGGCUGAAGCCCGGGUAUCCAAAGAGAAGCAUUAAAGUCCAUCCUAACAGAGCCCGGAGGGCACAGUCUGUAAGUGGCAGCAACACAGAGCCGACCAUGCCCUGCCCACCCCAGGGACCUGUGUGCACCUCCACCCUCUCCCCACAUGGCCUUCUUGACUCUCAAGAACUCUGGACCUGACCCUGCGGAGCUCAGAAAGGAAUGCCUGCGGAGAUCUGGCUUAGUCUCUGCCCCCUGUGAUGAGUUUCAGCUGGACACAACAGGAACGAACCGCUAAACCAGCAUGACUCAGCUCUCCAGGCGGUUUCCCUUAAGACUGGGGAGAGGGGGACUAUUUAUUCUGCCUUAAAAGGAUGGCAACUAAGUAAAGAUGACGUUAGGUGAAUGUAGACAAUGGAUACACUCCUAGUAGGCUAAUGUAGCAUAGAGAGAGAGCAAGUAGAUAUUUUUCUGUUAUGUAAGCAAUAAUUUUUUUCUGUGUCUUACGGAGUAUGGCUAGCAAUUAUUUAUUUCCAUGCUAGACAGUUCUUUGCAUGUGGGUUCUUUAUAGGUGCAGGCAUCUCCUGGCCACUGGAGGCAUAUUGACCACUCUGUCAUUUGGACGAGCUGUUAUUGGAUUGAAAUUCACACAUCAUUUCAUUAAAAAUUGUGCCUUAGAAAAUGCAAAGCUGUUGCACAUAGUGAUGAAUGGCAGACUCAGAACACCGAAGGGAAAUGAAUCUCUUCCCAGUUCUCAUGAUUUCUCUCAGAGGUGUUUGCUGCUCUACAAGAAAAUAAAUAAAAGAUUUUAAAAGACAAAUAAAAAGGAAAAAAAUUUUAAAAAAAGUUUUGAAAAUGUACAGAUCAAGUCCAAUAUUUUGAUGAAGCACCUGCAUGUUUUAUUAACUAUUUUAAUAAUGUGGAUGUUUACACUUUGCAUGAUAUUAACAGAAUACAAGAGACGAUGCACAAAACAUGUACAAUAUGGUCAUUCAUAAGCGACUUUUAUAGAAUACUUUUUACAUGUGCGAGGCCAUCCAUUAUGUCAGGAGCGUGUGAGUAUUGCACAUUCUUCUGGUUUCACAAAGCCAUUUAUACAUAUUUCUUAGAGAGACUCAUUGUACAUGUAGUGAAACGAGACUAGAGGCAAGAGGAAUAAGCCCCAUUCCCAAGUGUGGGGCGUGCGUUCCUGUAAUGAACACUAGUCACCAGCCUGGAAUAAUCUCCAACAUUUUCUAAAUUCUAAUUGCCAACUGUUUCUAUUUCUAUUUGAUUUAUAUUUCAUUUAGAGCCCGCUACAUGGCAGCUUCGGCAGACUAGAUCUUGUUUUCCAGUGCAGCAUAAAAGACUAUGAUCUAUUUCUCUUCAAAUAAUCUUUGAGAUCCCAGGAAAAAAAAAACCACUCUGUUGUGUGGAGCUAUAAUGUAAAUGUGUUUGUUUAAAAACAAGACAAGGCAAGUGAGUGAUUUAUUGUUCCUGGGGGAUUGCAGCUGAUUCUCCCCCUCAGACUCCAAAUGCUUCCUUCCCAAGGACAAAAAUGGGUGUCUCUGUUUCUCACUAGCAAACUUCCAUGACAUCUGUCCUUCUGUGUAGUGUCAUUAACACCCAUACAUAUUCUAGUUACCUGAAAAUGGUGUAAGAUUCAGCGAGCUGAAAUGCUCCAACUUUCAAUGUGAGUUCAUCCAAGAGAUGUUCCUGAUCUGGGCAGGCGACAUUCUGUGUCAAUUACACUAACUGUCAUUUACAAUAUUUAUUCUAUAAUGCCUCUGAGAAAUAGUUUAAAAGAUUAAAAUGAAAAGUUGUCUAAAAUGCAACAGCUUUUAUAGUAAAUGUACAUUUAUAAAUAAAAUACUCAAAUCCA